AUGAAAUAUCUCGCUGCUUACCUUUUGGCCCAACUUGGAGGAGUUGCUGCUCCAUCAAGCAAGAAUGUUGAAGAUAUUCUUGGAUCAGUUGGAAUUGAUGUUGAUGGUGAUGCUCUUAAAGCCGUUCUUAAAUCCCUUGAAGGAAAGAAUGUUGAAGAAGUAAUCUCUGAAGGAUCUAAAAAACUUGCUUCCGUUCCAUCUGGAGGUGCUGCCCCAGCUGCUGCUGCUGCUUCAUCUGGAUCUGCUGCCGCCCCAGCCCCAGCUGCUUCCAAGAAAGAAGAAAAGAAAGAAGAAUCAGAAGACGAAGAUAUGGGAUUCGGACUCUUCGACUAA